AUGGGCAAGUUCAAGAAAAUUAGAGAACAAGUUUCAAAAGACUUGAAAGAAGAAGAAGAUAAUGAGAUUGAUGAGCAGCCUCCACACAACUCCGAAGAUGAUACUUCUUCUUCAGACUCUGAAGUUGAAGGAAUGUCUGUAGAGCAAAUUGAGGAUGAAAAGAAAAGAGCAGUUCUUUGGACGAACCGUGAAAGAGUUUUGGUUCUUUGUGCACGAGGUGCCGAUGUGCGCACAAGACAUCUGAUGAACGACAUUAAAACUCUAUUACCUCAUUCUAAAGGUGAUUCAAAACUAGAUAAACAGCAGAGUCUUGUUGUCAUCAAUGAGAUUGCUGAGAUGAAAAACUGCACCAAAAUUCUAUUCUUCGAGAGUAGAAAGAGAAAGGACACCUAUUUAUGGAUGAGUAACGUCAAUGGAGGUCCUUCCAUCAAGUUCCUUCUCCACAACAUUCACACCAUGCUGGAACUCAAACUAUCAGGAAACUGUUUGAGAGCAUCUCGUCCCAUUCUCUCUUUCGACAAUUCCUUCGAUGAAAAACCACAUCUCACACUCACUAAGCACGCUCUCACUCAAGUUUUCGGAACACCUAAUCAUCAUCCUCGUUCUCAACCAUUCGUUGACCACGUUAUUUCAUUCUCAGUCACUCCCGAUGACAAAAUUUGGUUCCGUAAUUUCCAAAUCGUAGAUGAAACACUCCAACUUCAAGAAAUCGGACCUCGAUUCGUGUUGGAAACUAUUAGGAUAUUUGAAGGAUCUUUCAAUGGAGCUGUUCUCUAUGAUAAUCCAGAAUAUAUUAGUCCAAACACUACUCGCAGAGAGAUAAAGGAGCGUGCUAAGGCCAAGAGCUUGUCUGCUAUGUUGCAUAAGAAGGCUAUUGCAGUUAAAACUAAAAAGAUUACUGAUGUUCUUAAGAAGAAGACUGUUGAUCCUGUAGGAGAGAUUUUCGAUACCGAGAGGGAGAUUGUUGACGACAAGGCAAAACUGAUUGCUGAUGUUAUAGACAAGAAGCGUAGAAAGAAAGUUCUGACUAAGGGAACGGCUAAGAGAGGCAAAGUAGAGGCCAACUAA